UUUUCUGUUGUCUCUUCUUUUGGAAGCUGCGUUCAAAAUCUGCUUGUCCUAGAAAUCUGAGGAGGCACGUGACGCCUCUGAUCCUCGUGGCUUAUACACAGCUGACUUCAAGUAAAGUAUAUAAGCAGGGCACUUUCUGAAACUUCACAACAUCAUCCUCUGAGAUUCUAAAGGCAACAAUCUAAAAACCAAGGUGAGUUUUGGCACAGAGACCUACUGAAUUACCUUUUGACAUAAAGUAUCUUUGUCUUUAAAAUACAUUGACAAUCCACAAUGUGCAGUAUAAUAUAUCUUUUUAAUUUUUUAAUGCUUAACUUUUAUUUUUCAGUUUCAUCAUGGCAAUGCCGAGAAGUCUUGUGCUUCUUUUCAUUGUGUUCUCCAUGGGGAACGCAGAAGUUCAUUUAGUACAAAAAUGCCCCCAUGGAUGGACAAAUUUUGGAGUCCGAUGCUUCAAGUUCUUCUCUCAGGCGGUCAACUGGGUCACAGCAGAGAGGGAAUGCCAAAGUCUGGAUGCAAAUCUCGCAUCUGUACAUAGUAAAAUAGAACAUGAUUUUCUCCUGAGUCUUUUGCCUUCUUCCUCCACACGCUGUUGGUUUGGUACUCAUGAUGGUGAACAAGUAGGAGAUUGGUUGUGGACUGAUGGAACUCCAUUUGACUUCACCUACUGGGGCCCUGGACAACCUGACGGUCAGCAAACCGAGAACUGUGGGGAGUUCAACUUCGACAGUUACCGUUGGAAUGAUGAAGCCUGUUCAACCUCACUGGGUUAUGUUUGUGCUAAAUACCUGUGAGAUCGCAUGCAGUCAUCCUGCUCCACGGUUACUUUGAUUUUACUACAUUUACAUGUUCUGAUCUUACAUGUUCUGAAGUGUUAUUCUGAAAUUAAACUUUUCUUAAAUAUUUUCUCAACUUUAAUCUCUUCUAAAUACUGAAACACUCCUCAAAUCAAUAAAGGCAUUAAAAAAAAA